AUGCGCUGGGGGCGUGGGAGCGGGGGUGUUGCCAUGGGAACGGGGCUGUUGUCACGGCCAAAAAGCCACCACCCAGGGGACAGCCACCCCUGGCAGAGAGUGACAGCCAGUGCACAUAGGUGGGGACACCGGGAUGGCCGGGAAGCCCAGACCCUCGGCCUCGCUGGUGCCCAGACCACCCAGCUCCUGGUGGAGCCCCCCUGGAGGCCGGCGUUGCUGUGGGACCGGGUGACCCUGACCUGCCAGGGCUUGGGGACCGCCGGUGACACCACCUGGUACAAGGACAGGCGGCGCUGGGGGCAGGAGGGACAGGACCACCUCAGUGUCACCGAGAGUGGCACCUACAGGUGUUACAGACCCGGCACUGGGCACAGCCCCUCCGUGACAGUCUCAGAAGACUGGCUGGUGCUGCAGGCGCCGGUGCGGGCGCUGCUGGAGGGGGACACGGUGACACUGCGCUGCCGGGGCCGGCAGAACACGAAGGUCACAUCGGUGUCCUUCUACCGAGAGGAGACAGAACUGGAGAGGCUCCGUGAUGGCCCCGAGCUGUCCCUGUCCCCUCUGCAGCUGAACCACAGCGGCCGCUACAGCUGCAGGGGCCAGGUGGGAUACUGGGGGUGGAAGGAGUCAGUGCCAGUGACAGUGACAGUGCACGAGCUCUUCACAGAGCCGGUGCUGGUGCUGCAGGGUCCCCCCGAGCCCACCGAGGGGUCCCCCCUGACUCUCAGCUGCCUCAGCACCCGCAGCCCCCUGCGGCCCCGAGCCCCCCUCCUGCACGUGUUCUACCGGGACGGGCAGGUGGUGGGGGGCCCGCAGGGGUCCCCGCAGCUGCUGCUGCCCGCCGUGGGGCUCUCCCACUCGGGGGAUUACGGCUGUGAGGUGCGAUCCGAGGGCGGGGCCGUGCGGAAGAGCAGCGCCCAGCUCCGCGUCACGGUGCACACGCCCGUGGCCAAUGCCACCAUCACCCCCGGUCCCCUGUCACACCAGGUGCAUGCAGGUGACAACGUGACCCUGCGCUGCUCGGUGCAGGUGGGCUCAGCCCCUGUCACCUUCACCUGGCUGCACAACGGGCGGGAGGUGGCCCAGGGUCCCCUCCUGGAGCUCAGGGACACCGACGUGGGACAUUCAGGCACCUACCAGUGCAUGGCCACCAACCAGCUGGGAAAGGACGGGCACACCGUGUUCCGGGCACUCAGCCCUGAGCUGGCCCUGGAGGUGACACCUGGCUCACCCUGGGUCACAGGUGGGGUCACAUGGGGUCACCGGGGUGUUCAGGACCUCCAGGGUUCCAGGUGA